AUGCGAAGCAACAUAGUUGUUUUUACUAUACGUAAAUUUAUACCAUAUUUAAUCACAAUAUUACUGCUUGUAUUAUUAUAUAAUGUCUAUCGGCAAUGGCUGUCAAAUUUACAAUUUCCCACUAUUAUAGUAAUUACUCCAACGCAUAAAAGAUUGGAACGAUUAGCAGAUAUGACGAGGUUGGCGCAAACUUUAUCGCAUGUAAAGAAUUUGCAUUGGAUCGUAAUUGAGGAUGCUAAUCAUACAGUUGAAGCAGUGCAAAGGAUAUUAGAUCGUAGCGGUCUUCCAUAUGUAUAUUUUUUUACAACCACCGAAAACGGCUUUCCUAAACGUGGUUGGUCACAUCGAAACCAAGGUUUGCUAUAUGUUCGUAAAAAUUAUAAAAAUUAUAAUCGACCUGGCGUAGUGUAUUUUGCUGAUGAUGAUAAUAGUUAUGAUAUUAGAUUAUUCGAUAAAUAUAUUCGUAAAGUAAAAACGAUUGGAAUUUGGGCAGUUGGAUUGUCUGGAGGUGCUUUAGUAGAAGCGCCACGUGUUGUCAAUAGGACUAUUGUCGCAUGGGAUGUAGUAUAUGCGCCAGGAAGAGAAUUUGCGAUUGAUAUGGCAGGAUUCGCAAUAAAUUUGCAGUCAAUUUUGAAUAGCAAUGCAUCAUUUCAUCGUGGUUGCGUAAAACAGGUACCAGAAACAUGCUUUCUUCGACAAUUUAAUAUUCCAAAAGAAAAAAUAGAACCAUUUGGUUACGACGAUGAACCAAAAGAAAUACUUGUAUGGCAUACGAAAACGAGAAGUACCAUAGCGAAAGGUGAACGACAUGGCUAUGUCGUUGAAUAG